CGAGCCCCGCGCGCCGACGCCCGAGCGCGCCACUGGCAGCGCGGUGCUCGCACCCUCGAUGACCGCGCGCCCAGUCACUUCGUAGGACCCCACGUGUGCCGGAGCCGCAACAGCACACAUUGCUGUCCCGGAUGGACCUCGCGUCCAAACUCCCUGCUUUGUGUAGUACCAAUCUGCCGGCCGGACUGCGGCUCGCCAGGGUCAUGCGUGGCACCCAACAUGUGCCGCUGCCCUAACGGUAUCGAGGCCUCCUCGUGUGGAGGCGGGGGCGGACUCUACCCUUACUCUGCGCGCACGCGCGGCGGCUGCCGGCGCAUCUGUAUGAACGGCGGCACCUGCAACAAUGGCACGUGCGCCUGCGCGCCCGGCUGGAGCGGAGAGUUCUGUACCGAACCGAUCUGUCACGAGCCGUGUCUGCACGGCGGACGCUGUAUUGCGCCCGACCGCUGCGUCUGCUUCCACGGCUUGUCCGGCACCCGCUGCGAGAUCGACCGCCGCACUGGUCCGUGCUACACUGAGACGCGCGGCGCGCUGUGCACGGGCGCGCUCGAGGGCGUGGUGUGCACCAAGCAGCUGUGCUGCGCCACCGUGGGAGUAGCCUGGGGACACCCCUGCGAACGUUGCGCAGACCUCGACUGCCCCACCGGCCAUCUGCGCAAUCUCGCCACCAAGGAGUGCCAGGACAUAGACGAGUGCGCGGCGGUGCCCGGCCUGUGCGAGGGAGGGCGUUGCGUCAACUCGGUGGGGUCGUUCUCGUGCGAGUGUCCACCAGGCCAGCGCCGGCAUCGCGUCUCCAACAACUGCGAGGACAUCGACGAGUGCGAGGAUCCCGACAUCUGCCCCAACGGCAAAUGUGUGAAUACUGAGGGCGACUACUACUGCCUCUGCAACCCGCACUUCAUCCCCAGCCCCGACAAGAAGUUCUGUAUCGACGGGCGCGUGGGCAGCUGCUUCACGUACCUGGGCGAGACGGGCGAGUGCGGCGACCGCCUGCCCGUGCCGCUCUCCAACCGCGACUGCUGCUGCGGGUACAACAUGGGCCGCGCCUGGGGCGACCUCUGCGCGCCCUGCCCGCCGCGCGGCUCCACGGAGUGGACUCACCUGUGCGGGGGCGGCAUCAUCCCCCCGGACUGGCGACGCAACGACACGAGCGGCGGAGGCGCGGGCGGCGGCGGCGGCGGCGACGCGCAGCCCAUCGCCAAGAUCAACGAGUGCAUGCUGCGCGACGGCAUCUGCGGCCUGGGCGACUGUAUCGACAAGGAUAUCGGGUACCAGUGCCAGUGCUGGGACGGUGCGGAGGCGGCGGAGCAGGACGGCAACCCCACCUGCAUCGACAUAGAUGAAUGCGCGCUCGAGUACUGCAAGGGCGGCACCUGCGUCAACAAGCCCGGCGGCUUCGAGUGCAGAUGUCCGCCCGGCUUCGACCCGGUGGAGAACGGCCUGCGCUGCAGCGACAAGAACGAGUGUGAGAUGACCGGCGGCGGCAUGUGCAGCAACGGCGUCUGCAUCAACGUCGACGGCGGUUUCGAGUGUCAGUGCCUGGCGGGGUACGAGGCGACGGAGCGCGGACACGCGUGUCGCGACGUGGACGAGUGCCGCGACAACCCGCGCGUGUGUCGGCGCGGCCGCUGUCGCAACACGCCCGGCAGCUACGAGUGCACCUGCGAGCCCGGCUUCGCGCCCACAGCCGGCGGGUACUGCGCCGACGUCGACGAGUGCACCGACACCUCGCUCUGCCACGGUGGUCGCUGCGUGAACAGCGAGGGGUCGUUCCAGUGUGUGUGCGAGGCGGGGUACCGCGGCACGGCGGCGCGCGGCGCGUGCGUGGACGUGGACGAGUGCGCGGAGCUGCGCGUCUGCCGCAACGGCCGCUGCCGCAACUCGCCCGGCUCCUUCCGCUGCGACUGUCUGCCCGGCUUCACGCUCAGCAACGACGGCCGCACCUGCCUCGAUGAAGUACAGGACCUGUGCUACGAGAAGUACGAGGACGGCCAGUGCUCAGGGCCCGGCACCACACCCGUCACGCGCUCGCAGUGCUGCUGCAGCGCCACUAAAGGUUUCAAAUUGGGAUGGGGAGUGGGGUGCAAGGAGUGUCCCAAGCCGGGCACGUCCGACUACGAGAUCCUGUGCCCGGAGGGGGCGAGCAAGGACAACGGCGGCGCGGACAUCAACGAGUGCACGAUGAUCCCGGGCGUGUGCGCGCACGGCACCUGCGAGAACCUCGAGCCCGGGUACAAGUGCAUCUGCGACCCCGGAUACCAUCCUGACGCCGACGGCAUCUGCCGGGACAUCGACGAGUGCGACAUGCACCAGUCGUACUGCACUGGCGGCCAGUGUCGCAACACGCUGGGCAGCUUCACGUGCGUGUGCCCGCCCGGCACGCGGCUGGACGCGGAGGAGCAGCUGUGCCGCGACAUCGACGAGUGCGAGGGUGAGACAGUUUACACCGACACCGACUCCGACAUAGACCGCGGCGACAUCCCCCCCACCUUCCGCCGCGCAGAGCAGUCGAACCCGUGCGACAACGGGCGCUGCAUCAACACGCACGGCAGCUACGAGUGCGAAUGCGAACACGGUUUCGUUCUAGACGCCACCGCACAGCACUGUCUCGACAACCGGCGCGGGUCGUGCUGGCGGCGCGCGGUGGACGGACAGUGCGAGGGCGCGGCGGCGGGCGCGCUGCUGCGCCAGGAGUGCUGCUGCGGAGUGGGCCUGGCCUGGGGCUCGCCCUGCGCGCCCUGUCUUCCCGAGCACUGCCCCUGCCCCAAGGGAUUCGCUAAGUUGGACGGUGCGACGUGCCGCGACCUGGACGAGUGCAUGCUGGACGCCGAGCUGUGCGCGGGCGGCACCUGCGUCAACACCGACGGCUCCUACCGCUGCGACUGCCCGCCCGGACUCACGCUGGACGCCACCGGCAACCGCUGCGUGGACACGCGCAAGGAGUAUUGCUACACGGAGUACAUCGGCGGGCGCUGCUCCAACCCCCUGCAGGUGUCCGUCUACCGCGCCAUCUGCUGCUGCUCCUCCCUUGGCAAGGCCUGGGGCGACGGCCGCUGCGAGGCCUGCCCCAAGAAAGGUACCGACGCAUACCGGACCCUCUGCAUAUCGGACGUGAGCGGCCCGGCGACGACCUGGGACCGGCCGUACCUCGGCGGACCGAACGGCACCGACAUCUGGAGCCACACGGGCGGCGGAGACUUCGACAACGACUGGGACGUCGACGUCAAGAACAACCUGGGCAACGGCACCUUCGACGGCUGGCGGCCCGGCGGCGGCCUCGUGCCCGGACAGAUGGAGGUCAACGAGUGCGCCGCCUUCCCCGGACUCUGCGGACACGGCAGGUGCAAAAACAUGCUCGGCACCUUCACCUGCGAAUGCUUCCCUGGUUAUGAAAAGGACUCCAAGAACCACACGUGCGUGGACGUGAACGAGUGCGAGAUCGUGGACGAGGUGUGCGGCGCGGGCGAGUGCCGCAACACCGACGGCAGCUUCUCCUGCCACUGCCGCGACGGACACCGCGCAGACGACCUCACCAAAGUUUGCGUCGACAUCGACGAGUGCGCAGAGAACAGCGCGUUGUGCCGCAACGGGCGCUGCGUGAACACAGCCGGCUCCUUCCGCUGCGAGUGCGCUCCCGGCAUGGAGCUCGCGCCCGACCGCCUCUCCUGCAAGGACGUCGACGAGUGCUCCAUCACCUCCGGUAUCUGCAGCAACGGCGCCUGCGAGAACUUGAUGGGCACGUACCAGUGCGUGUGCGACGAGGGCUACGCGCAGUCGAGCGUCAAGUCUCACUGCGAGGACAUCGACGAGUGCAGCGAGGACCCCACGCGCUGCCAGCACGAGUGCAUCAACACGCCCGGCUCCUACCACUGCGAGUGCAGGGACGGAUGGCGUCUGCGCGCGGACGGGCGCACGUGCCGCGACGUGGACGAGUGUGGGGAGGGUGCGCGGGUGUGCGGGGGAGGCACGUGCCGCAACACGCCGGGCGGGUACCGCUGCGAGUGCUCCACCGGCCUGCUGCCCGCGCCGCCCGGCGUGCCCCCCACCUGCCUCGACGUCGACGAGUGCACAGACAUUCCCGAACUGUGCGGGGCCGGCGAGUGCCGCAACACGAUCGGCAGCUUCGUAUGUCGCUGCCCCGACGGGUACAGCGUGAAGCCGGACCAGGGCCCGGCCUGCACCGACGACGACGAGUGCGAGCUCGGCACCUGCGACUGCCACCCCGCCGCGGACUGCAUCAACCUGCCGGGUUCGUUCCAAUGCCGGUGCCGCGACGGGUGGCGCGGGGACGGCACGGAGUGCGAGGACGUGGACGAGUGCCUCACCAACAACGGCGGGUGUCACCCGCGGGCCACCUGCCGCAACACCGACGGCUCAUUCGUGUGUCUCUGCGACACCGGCUACAAGGGCGACGGGUACUCCUGCGUGGACAUCGACGAGUGCGGCAACGACCCCACGCUGUGCGAGAACGGUCACUGCACCAACACGCCCGGCGGCUACGAGUGCGACUGCGACGUCGGCUUCACCAAGUCCGCCGACGGCCGCUCCUGUCUCGACAUGGACGAGUGCGCGACGUUCGACAACGUGUGCGUGUUCGGGCGCUGCGUCAACACGUACGGCAUGUUCAAGUGCAUCUGCGACAAGGGCUACCAGUCCGACAGCGUCGAUGACCUGAUGCCGGGAUUCAACUGUACGGACGUGGACGAGUGCAAGUCGCCGCAGUCCUGCCAGUACGGCACGUGUCUCAACACGCAGGGCUCCUACAUCUGCCGCUGUCCGCCCAACUACGAGCUCGUCUCCGACGGGACCGCGUGCUUCGACUCCCGCAAGGCGAGAUGCUACGGGCAGGUGGACCUGCGCUCGGGCACCGAGCACUGCCGCGACAGCGACGAGCUCUCCGAGGACGGCACCAUGGCCGCCUGCUGCUGCUCCGUCGGCGCGGCGUGGGGCAACUACUGCGACCUGUGCCCGGAGCCGGGCUCGGAGGCGUACCGCCAGCUCUGCCCCGGCGGCCCCGGCUACCAGCCCGUCCUCGAACCCCCAUCGUACGUGGUGACGCUGGCGGACAUAGACGAGUGCGCGCAGCACCCGGCGCUGUGCGAGCACGGCACCUGCACCAACACGUUCGGCUCGUUCGUGUGCACGUGCGGGCCGGGCCGCCGGCUGUCGGCCGCAGCCGGAGCCGCGCGCUGCGACGACAUAGACGAGUGCGCGCAGCCCGACAUCUGCGGCCCCGGCGUCUGCCGCAACCUGCCCGGCUCCUACGUCUGCCUCUGCCCCGAGGGAUACGUCGCCAUGCCCAACGGGAAGGAGUGCGUGGACGUGCGGCAGCGGCAGUGCUACCUGGACUGGGAGCCGGAGACGGGACGCUGCAGCGCGGCGGUGGGCGUGCCUCAGACCAAGUACCUGUGCUGCUGCUCCGUGGGCCGGGCCUGGGGCGCGCCCUGCGAGGCCUGUCCCGACAAGGGCUCGCAAGAGCACAUGGCGCUGUGCGGGGAGAAGCCGGGCGAGUACAUCAACCCGAUGAACCCGAACGAGACGCGGCCCAUCAACGAGUGCGACAUCAUGCCGCAGCUGUGCAAGCCAGGCUCCUGCCACGACACCCCCACCGGCUUCCAGUGCGGCUGCGACCACGGAUACGAGCACGACAACACGUCGCACCUGUGCCGCGACAUAGACGAGUGCCAGGGCGCGCGGCCGCCAUGCCGCGGCCUGGCGCAGUGCGUCAACCUGCCCGGUGCUUUCGAGUGCCGCUGCCCCGCCGGCUACCGGCUGACGGCCUCGCUCGACGAGUGCGAGGACGUCGACGAAUGCGCCGACCAGCGCCUCUGCGAGCACGGCGAGUGCAGGAACACCAUCGGAUCGUACAGGUGCGAGUGCGCGCCUGGCUACACGCUGCGGGAGAACGCUUGCCGCGACGUGGACGAGUGCUCCCGGCCGCGGCCGCUGUGUCGCAACGGCACCUGCGAGAACCGGCCAGGCUCCUACGUGUGUCACUGCGACGAGGGCUUCAAGCCCGGCGCCAACAACGACUGCAUCGAUAUAAACGAGUGUCGCGAGGGCGGCAUGGUGUGCCGCAACGGGCGGUGUCGCAACACGGUGGGGUCGUUCCGGUGCGAGUGCGCGCCGGGCUACGUGCUGAGCCCCGACGCGCGCAACUGCCGCGACCUGGACGAGUGCGCGGAGCUGCCGGCGCCGUGCGGCACGGAGGGCUCGCCCGCCUGCACCAACACCAACGGCGGCUACGAGUGCUCGUGCGGCGCGGGCUGGCGGCUGGCGGGCCGCCGCUGCGUCGACCGCGACGAGUGCCGCGACCUGCCCUACGCCUGCGCCGGCGGCGACUGCCACAACUUCAACGGCGGGUACCGGUGCGACUGCCCGGCGGGCUGGCGCUUCGACCAGGCGUCGGCGAUGUGCGUGGACGAGCGCAAGGAGCUGUGCUACGAGCAGUGGGACGCCGGCCGCUGUCACAAGGCGCGUCCGCUGCAGCUCAGCCGGCCCGACUGCUGCUGCUCCGAAGGUGCCGCAUGGGGUCGAUACUGUGAGCGGUGUCCCACACCGGACUCCGCAGAGUUUCUGAGGAUCUGUCAGGGAGGAAUGGGACGACCGAAUCUCACUCAGGACUUGGACGAGUGCAAGGUGCGGCCGGACGUGUGCAAGGGCGGGCACUGCAUCAACACGGACGGCUCGUUCCGGUGCUCGUGUCCGGCGGGCUACGUGCUGGACGGCAGCGGGCUGGUGUGCGUGGACGCGGACGAGUGCGCGCAGGACCCGCGCAUCUGCGGCAACGGCACCUGCACCAACACCGCCGGCGGCUACGAGUGCACCUGUAACCUCGGAUUCACGCAGGGCACGGAGCAGACGUGCGUGGACGUAGACGAGUGCGCGGAGGGGCGCGCGGCGUGCUCGUUCCGGUGUCACAACACGCCGGGCUCGUGGCGCUGCACGUGCCCCUACGGGUACAGGCUGGCGGCGGACGGCGCGCACUGCCGCGACGUCGACGAGUGCGCCGCCGAGCCCGCGCCCUGCCCGCACGCCUGCGAGAACGUCGUCGGUUCCUACAUAUGCAAAUGUCCUGAAGGGUACAAGCGCACGUCGGCGCCGCACGACGCGGCGGACGCGUGCGAGGACGUGGACGAGUGCGCGGAGCGACGCGACCGCUGCGCGCCCGGAGUCUGCAUCAACACCGAGGGCGGCUUCCUGUGCGACUGCGACGCCGGCUACCAGCGCAGCGACGACGGACACUCCUGCAUCGAUCGAAGGACGGGAAUGUGCCAUAGAUCCUUGGUCUCGGGCAGAUGCACGCCCGAGCCGUGGCCGAGGUUCAUGGGCGGGGCGGGCGGCGGACCGGGCGGCGGCUCGCAGCUGGGAGGCGGCGAGGGCCGGCUGCCCGGCGUGCUGCUGGACGACGUGGACGAGUGCGCCGCCAUGCCCGACCUAUGCGCACCCGGCAGAUGCGUCAACACUAUCGGCAGUUUCCGGUGCGUGUGCGGGCUGGGCUACAAGGCGGCGGGCGAGGUGUGCGCGGACGUGGACGAGUGCUCGCGGCGGCCGGCGCCGUGCGGCCAGCUGUGCCGCAACAGCGAGGGCUCGUAUGAGUGCCUGUGCCGCGCCGGCUACGAGCUGGACGAGGACGGCGCCGACUGCCGCGACAUAGACGAGUGCGCGCGCGGCUCCCACACCUGCCAGCAGACCUGCAUCAACACAGAAGGCUCCUUUGAGUGCGACUGCCAGGAAGGAUACGAGAAGCGCGGCGACGCCUGCGUCGACAUCAACGAGUGUCAGGAGGAGGGCCUGUGCCCGGCGCCGGGCAAGUGCGUGAACCUGCUGGGCUCGUACCGCUGCGUGUGUCCGCGCGGGUUCCGGCUGGACGUGGCGGGCGCGCGCUGCGUGGACCGCGACGAGUGCGGCGACGGCCGCUGUCAGCCUUGCCGCAACUACGCCGGUGGCUACCGCUGCGAGUGCCCGCCAGGUUCAGUGCGCGCGGCGAGCGGCGGGUGCGUGCCGCAGGACGCGUGCGCGGAGGGUCCGUGCGGCGCCGCGCCCUGCUUCCCGCUCGGCGCCGCCUACCGCUGCGGCUGCCCCGCCGGCUACGGCUGGGACGCGGGACACGGCGUCUGCCUCCAGCUGGGCGGCGGGUGCGCGGGCGCGAGCUGCCUGUUCGGCUGCACGGCGCUGGGCGGCGCGUACCAGUGCGGCUGCCCGGCGGGCUACGCGCUGGUGGGCGCCGGGCACUGCCUGGCCGCGCUGGACGCGCCCGGCGACGGCGACAUCGGCGACGCGCCCGUCUUCCCCGUGCGCGACCAGUACCGCGUCGGCGGAGACUCCGACCUCAUAUCCACUGAGGGAUGCUUCAGCUGCAAGAUGAACGGCCGGCACAGGAGGGCGCCGGAGGAGGGCAUCGUGUUCGCAAACGGCACCACUUAUGUGCGCCGGCGCAGGAGGCGCAGCAGACGUCGUCGAUCGCUGCUGGAACCCGAGGCGGAGUUGAUAGUGGUGAAGGUGACGCCGCGGCAGACGUGGGGCCGCGCGCCGCUGCUGCGGCUGGUGCCGGCGGAGGGCGGCGGGCGGCCGCACUACCGCAUCGCCUACGGGGACGACGACAAGGACUUCGUGCUGUCGAAGCGCGACGGCGCGUGGGCGCUGCGCCUGCGCCGGCACCUGAAGGCUCAGGCGGCGCUGGAGCGGCAGCUGGAGCUGGAGGCGCGCUUCGUUCCCGCACCGCAGCCGGGCAGGCGGCGGCGGCGGCAGCUGGCCGCGUCUGCGCCGGCGCCGCUCCGCCUCUACGUCUCCAUACACAUCGCGCCCGAGCGCUGACGCCGCGCCCUCUACUGAAACUCAUCUAUAUUAUUACCACGUCCCGAAUGUCACUGCCACGAACACUGCCAUUUUUAUUCGCUGUCAAAGUCGACAGCUGUCGCCACGAUCCGCCAUUUUUAAAUUGUCGUUUAAAGUUCCGUCAAUGUGUGUCCGUCUGCGGGCGAAGUGAUUCUGACUCGACCGGGGUCGGGUGCGAUGCAAUAUUUUGCACAAUCUAGUAGUGGUAUAUGUAUUUUAUAAGUUCAUUUUUAAUUAUUAGUGAAUUUUUGACUUAUAAAGUUGAAAAUAUAUUUAUUU